AUGGGUAACGAAACGCAGACACAGACCAAAGUCGAGAGGGUGCUGAACGGCAAGACGGUGACUGAAAAGUAUGCCGACGUGACCCUGCGCUUGAUCGAGGAGCAUGGUGACCAUGUUGCUCCUCUCACUCCCGAACAUGCCGCCAAAGUCAAGAGGAAGCUUUACCUGCGACUUAUGGGGCUGCUGUCGAUGAUCAACAUUAUGCUAUUUAUUGACAAGUCCACCCUGGGAUAUGCAGCAAUCCUUGGUCUUUUCGAAGAGACGGGCAUCUCUCAGGCUCAAUAUAACAACCUGAACACCAUGUUCUACGUUGGGUACCUCGCCUUCCUGUGGCCAGGCCAUUACCUCAUGCAACGGCUCCCCUUCGGCAAGUUCGUGGCUGGUAUCAUCUUUUCAUGGGCCGUCGUCAUCUUCCUUCACUGUGUAGCAACUCGAUAUGCAGGACUCAUCGUGCUCCGUCUGGCCUUGGGAGCUGCUGAAGGAGUGGUUGUCCCCGCUAUCGAAAUAACUAUUGGCAUGUUCUUCAACCGCCAAGAACAAUCUUUCUUGCAGCCCGUGCUUUGGAUCACAUGCCAAGGCGCCCCCAUUGUGGCUGGUUUCGUCGCAUAUGGCCUCCUUUGGAGCAGCGGGCCUGUUCUCCCUUGGAAGCUACUCCAUGUGGUCACCGGUGGUAUUACUCUACUGCUUUCCAUUUGGGUCUGGUUUGACUAUCCCAACAACCCUGCUGAGGCUAGGUUCUUGACACUCGAGGAAAAAGUGCACGUGGUCAGACGCGUCCACGAGUCUCAGCAAAGUUCGAUCGAACAGAAGCAGUUCAAGCGCUCGCAGUUUAUCGAAACCAUGAAAGACCCAGUAUCUUGGUUGUUUGCGCUCCAGGCAUUCACCCUGAUGUACUGCAACAACCUCACCUAUGGCCAGAAGAAUCUGCUCGUUACGUCCCUUGGAGUCACUCCUCUCGAGUCUACCCUGGUUGCGGUUGCAGGUGGCGGCUUUGGUAUUCUCAACUGCGUCGUCGCAGCGUUUGCACUAAGACGCUUCCCUGGCAACUUUGCACUGCACUGCACUCUCUGGUGCUUGCCAGCUAUUGCUGGUGGUAUUGGAAUGGUUACUGUACCCUGGGAUCGAACCAUUUCCUUGCUCGCCUGUAUGUUCCUGGCGGCUCAUACAUAUGGUGUUGCAUACAUCAUCGCUUUGGGAUGGACAAACUCUUCUGCCGCCGGAUAUACAAAGAAACUGACCAGAAACGUCAUGUUCAUGAUCGGAUAUAGCGCUGGAAAUCUCGUGUCCCCCCAGAUCUGGGUCCCUUCAGCCAGACCCAGGUACUACGGAGCUUGGGCCUCCAUGAUUGUCGUCAGUUGGUUUGGGACGCCUGUCAUUCUGUGGGUCAUCCACUUCAUCCUGGCCCGCAGAAACAAGGUCAGGAAAGAAAGGCUAGCCGAGCUCAGCGACCAGGAUGGCAGUGGCUAUGUCGAGCAGCUGGAUGAGAAUGGGCAGAUGGUCAAGGUCAAGGUUGAGGUUGCAAUGCUGGACUUGACUGACAUGGAGAAUGAGAACUUUAUCUAUCCGCUGUGA